CAUCUUUCUGUCUUUCAGCUUGUGCCAGAACACAUCGUCAUGACAAAAGAGGAAGUGACAGAGCUCCUGGCCAGAUAUAAACUGAAGGAGAGUCAGCUCCCCAGGAUCCAAGCCGGAGACCCCGUGGCUCGUUACUUCGGCUUAAAGAGAGGACAGGUGGUGAAAAUCAUCAGGCCGAGUGAGACAGCUGGACGGUACAUCACCUACAGGCUGGUGCAGUGACAGAUGUUAACUGGGGAAGCAUUCGAAGAGGUUCCAGUCACACUCAUCAUCCUUGGAUCCCUGUUUUAAUUGU